AUGGAGUUUAAAAUAAAACCUGUACCAAACAAUUUGGAUCCAGUGCAGUGGAUAAAAAACGCCAUCAUACAACUUAUUCAUAAGGCGGUAGAGGCUCUAUCACCCCACGAUAUGGUUGGUUUCUCCUUCUGUUCCAAAGACUUUAAAAAUGGUGAGGGGUGGUUGCGGUUCAAGCCGGUUAAAGAGGUGGCGAUUGACGAUGUUUGGAAUACUAUAACGUCUAUCUAUCAGUCCAACAGUAGCGGUCUAAGUACCGAAACGUUUUGUUUUCGAGUUACAUCUGUACGCUUACCAUCCGGUUUGGGUAGAUCUCGAAAGUAUAAUAAUUAUAAAGAAGAAUGCAGAGCAAGGAGGGGCAUCGUGUUAAUUAAGAAUAGUGAUAAUUUGUGUUUACCGCGGGCGAUCGUUGUUGCUAUGGCUUAUGUGGAUCAUGACGUCGAUUAUCACAAGAUUAGGACUAACAGAGGUAAAAUACAGGACCAAAAAGCUAUGAACUUAUUAGAAGAAACCAAAAUUACAAUAGCCGAUUGUGGAGCGGGUAUACCCGAAUUACAGCGAUUUCAAAACCACCUUUCGGGUUACAAACUAACCGUCUAUCUAUACGGAAGAAAAGGACGCGAUGUGAUGUUCGAGGGUGAUAGUGCGGGAAAACACCUGAAUUUAAUGUAUCACGAAGGACACUACAACGUGAUAACAUCUUUAACCGCAGCCUUCGCUUGUAUUUAUUAUUGUCAAGAAUGUCACGUACCGUACAAUAAUAAAACGGACCAUCGAUGUGGGGGAACGUGUGCGGCGUGCCAGCAAAGUCCAGCAUGUUCUAAAGGGGAAGAAGUUUGCAUUAAUUGUAAAGAGUGCAAAAGAGCGUUUCGGGGUCAAAGGUGUUUUGACAAUCACAAGAUACAUAAUAUUUGUACCCAAAUUAGUCGUUGUGAAAAUUGCUUUGCCAUAUAUCGUAAUGCUAGGAAACACACUUGUGAAGAAGUAUUUUGUAAGACGUGUAACAAUUAUGUGGAAAGAGACCAUUUAUGCUAUAUGCCGACAGAUAAAGGUACUCCGAAAAUGGUCGACACAGUUUUUGUGUUCUACGAUUUAGAAACAAUGCAAGAGGAAAAAUUGGAAGACGGGUCUCUCUUACAUCAACCAAAUCUAUGUGUGUUUGUACAGUGUUGUGAUACAUGCAUAAAUGAGGAAAAACUUUAUUUUUGUCAAAAGUGUGGCUUUCGGCAAAAAAUACUGACUGAUGACGUAAUAUCAACAUUUAUGGGACACAUUUUGAAUUUAAGAAAAAGAUUCAAGCACGUUAUCGUUUUGGCCCAUAACGGUGGAGGUUUCGAUCACCAGUUUAUAUUAAAUUAUAUCUUAACCCAAACGGAUCUUACACCUGAACUAAUAAUGAGAGGAACAAAAUUAGUCUCAAUGUUUCUAAAUAAUGUAAGAUUUUUAGAUUCACUAAAUUACUUCUCGAUGGCUCUUAGUAAACUACCUAAGGUGUUCGAUCUAACAGAGCUAAAGAAAGGUUAUUUUCCGCACUUGUUUAACACAUCGGGGAACCAAAACUAUAUAGGACCAAUGCCUCCAAUAGAGGCUUUCGACCCUGAUAAUCUUAAAUUCAACGAAAGGGAGGCCUUAUUGGCUUGGCAUGCCGGAAAAGUGACAGAAAACUACGUAUUUGACUUUAGGAAAGAAUUUAUAGAUUACUGCAUAUCCGACGUUGAUAUAUUGGCACAGUCGUGUCUGAAAUUUAGACAGUUGAUGAUAAAGGAAGGGAACGUAUGCCCUUUUACCGAAAGCGUCACGUUACCGGGAGCGUGUAACAAAAUAUUUCGGCGUUCGUUUUUAAAGCAAAAUACCAUCGGCAUCAUUCCAAAGGGGGGAUAUAGACGUUGUGAUACACAAUCCGUCAUAGCUACUCGAUGGUUAUUGUUAGAAGAGCGCAAUCGCAAAUUAAAUAUAGUACAUUCGGGUAGGCAGAAGGAGGCAAGAGUGGGAGGUGUAAAAGUCGACGGAUAUUGUGAUGAAACGAAGGAUGUAUUCGAGUUCUAUGGAUGUUACUAUCAUGGCUGCCCCAGAUGCUUCAAGUAUGCAAGGAACGAGCCUUUGUUAGAUAAUACGUCGGAGACGCUCGAAUACCGUUAUGAAGCUACAAUUGCAAAAUCUAACAGAUUAAAAGAGCUGGGUUAUUGCGUUAACGAAAUGUGGGAGUGUGACUUUCGACAACUUAUGACACAAGAAAUGUACAGGUAUACAGAAACGCAUCCCGUAAUGUCAUAUUCACCACUCAACCCGCGAGAUGCGUUUUAUGGUGGUCGAACAGGAAACGCAAAAUCCUUUUAUAUAACAAAGGGAGAUGAACGAAUAAAGUACGUUGAUUUUACCUCCCUAUAUCCAUACGUCAACAAGUAUGGAAAAUACCCCAUAGGGCACCCUACAGCAGUUCAUAUUGGGGAAGGAUGUAAAAAGUUAAAUCUUGACACCACUGAUGGACUUAUUAAAUGUAAAAUACUACCACCAAAUUUGCUGUUUCACCCAGUCCUACCUCUGAAAAUAAAUGACAAGUUGAUGUUUGUACUUUGUCGCACAUGCGCCGAAACUUUAAACCAGGGGGACUGUGAACAUAGUGACGAUGGGCGGUCGUUAACAGGUACCUGGGUAAUCGAUGAAGUGAAAAAAGCUAUUGAAAAAGGUUACAAAGUAUUGGAAACGUAUGAAAUAUGGCAGUACGCAACUGAUCAGUACGAUAAACGUAGUAAAACCGGUGGGUUAUUUAAUGAAUAUAUCAACAAAUUUUUGGGUAUUAAACAGCAAAGUUCUGGGUGGCCAUCAGGUUGCGAUACUCCUGAGAAGAAGGAUAAAUAUGUUAAUGAUUACUUUGAGACGGAAGGUGUUACGCUUGACCCGAAUAAAAUAGAAAAAAAUCCAGGUUUGAGACAAUUAGGGAAGGCUGUAAUUACAUCGUUUUGGGGUAAACUCGGUCAACGCGAGAACCAAAGUAAAACCACCAUAGUUAAGCAACCUGGGGAGUUUUAUAGUAUGAUGACCAAUCCUUCAAUGGAUAUCAAUUCUGUUUUACCAGUUAAUGAAGACACGCUACUAGUAAACUGGGAAUUUAAAGAAGAGACGUAUAAUCCCUUAUCGACUGUAAAUGUCGUUCUUGCCGCUUACACUACGGCCCAUGCUCGCUUAAAGCUAUACGAGUAUUUGGAGAGGUUGGAAGAAAGAGUUCUCUAUUAUGAUACGGAUUCGAUAAUCUACGUAUCAGCUCCCGGGCAGUACGAACCACCCUUAGGGCAGUAUUUGGGCGAGUUGACUGACGAGUUAGAAGAAGAAGGUGUCGGAAGUUACAUUAAGGAGUUUGUAUCAGGUGGUCCAAAGAAUUAUGCCUACAAGGCGUGGCCCAGUUCUAAACAAUGCGAUGUAACUGUAUGUAAAGUCAAAGGGAUAUCUUUAACAUACAAAACCUCACAACUAAUUAAUUUCGACAAAAUAAGAGAUAUGGUCCUAGAAAAAGAAGAAACGGAACCUAUUCUCGUAUCAUCUAAACUUAUAACCCGAACGGCGGAACACAAUGUACUAACAAUGAACACCUCUAAACUGUACCGGCUAAACUCUACAAAGAGAUGUUUCUCAUCCAUAGAUGGUUCUUCCCGUCCAUACGGAUUUAAGAAGCUUAGGUUAAGUGAACAUUGA